AUGGGUGACAACAAUCUACUCGAGUCGUACAAUCCACUGUACGAUGUGCAUUUACGCCAAUACUUUGCAUCUCCGCACAUGCAAAAGCAUUUACGCAACUUGGGAUUGGUAAGUCAGAUUGUUUUUAGGGGUUUCUACGGACUUUUUGACCUUUUUAAAUUUAAAAAAGUUGAAAAAUAAGGCUUAAAUUGAUGUAAAAAACGUUUCAGGCCAUUAGACAUCGCUUUAUACCUAAAAAUUAAUCAAAACCUUUGCAGCUCGACAGCAACGGAGUCCCAGUUCAAGGCGCCAACAACGUUGAAGGCCAACUCUACGCCCGGCAUCAAGUCAUGAUGGACAUGAUGCUGCGGAACAAAGAACGAGUACUAAUGCAACUGGCCGAUCUUCAGAAGAAACUAGAUGCGGCCGAAAAGGUUGAGAUCUAUCGCCGAAUCCGUAGUGGAAUCACAAACGCCGACGAAUUCCGAAGACAACACUUGACCACGAGAAGCUUCUCACGACCAGCACGUGCUCGUUCACGUCCACCAGAGACCGAACGGCCCAGCAGACAACGAAGACAUAGUGGAAGCUUUGACGACAGUGAUUUGUUGAAGAGAAUCGAGAAUAACUAUGAAGAGGCGCAGAAGGAGUACGAGCAUGACAGUGGCAAGGGAUUGUACGGUCGAUUGGCGGCAAAUGCUUACAAGUAUCAGUACUUGCAUAAGGUGAGGUUUGAGGUUUGAAAGAGUUGAAAAUUUAGCGUUUAGGCGUCGAAUCCUUCAAAAAUUGUGCAAAAACCUUACAAAACGGCCCAUUUUUGGUGCCUAAGGUACCUUAAGCACCAAAAAUUAGAAACUCAUGUUCCAUAUCAAACCAGAAUGAUAAGAAUAAACCCUUCCAAAAUUUCUAACCCGUCCUUCCCACCUCAAUAUCACAAACUACCCUAACAUUCAAAUUUCCAGCUAGACGACCGAACCCUCAUCAACUACAAAGACAUGCUGCAACGUCAACUCCAGAAGCUGGAACGUUUCCGCGAAGUGUCGUUUGGACCCCACUCCGUCGCCAAGCAUCAACCCCAACUUCAGACGUCGUGGUUCUUCCGUCGCAGGUCUCUGCCGUCUUUAAGUCAAUCCCAAGGCCAGAGUGCGCCACCCACCAAUCAAACCAGAAAACGGCUGAGGUUAGAAGCGUCGCGCACUAGUUUCUAUAGGCUUUUUCAUUUCUACUCUACUGUUCUUUGGUUCAAUGUGAAGUGUUGGCCUAAAUUUUGGGGGCUACUUUAUGUUUUGGCAUUAGGUAGUGUGUUAGUCAAAAAUUUUGGUUGAUAUGGGGUUUUUGUAGCCAAAAUGAGAAUUUUGAUUUAGAAAAAUAUUUUUUUUUCAAAUUUUUUAAAUUUUAAAGUUUUUUUAAAUUUCAAAAACUCAAGCAGAAUCUUAUACCUUUCGCUUCAGCUUUUUACCUUUUAUGCUAUAGUAAAAAGUCAUUGUUACCUAAAGACUAUAUUUUAGAAAGCAACACUUUAUCAAAAAUGCAUGCUGAGCUCCACUUUUCAUCGAUAUUGUACUCAAUUUUUUUGUAAUAUCUGUGAAGAUCUCUUUUCUAACUACUUUUGUUACCUAAACAGUUACACUGUAAAGUCAUUGCCACAAAAUGUGAAUGUAAAAACUACAGUUUACCGCACAUUUACUAACACAGCAAAAUUUUUAAAAAACUAUUAGGUUGUUCAAAUAAUUUUGUCCCCCCUCCCCUUUCAAAACAAAUUUUUGAUCUCAAAAGAAAUUUUAGGGGCACAGAAUUAUUUGAGCAACCUAACAACUUUUAGACAUAGCCUCAACUAUUUUUUUUUGCAUCAAGUACUAUAUGAUAACCAACCAAUAGCCGCAAAACCGUAUUUUACAAAUUUUUAGCAACCGUGGCGCACAGUGGUACAUUGUUUUUGCUGUUAUAUGAUUUUAACAAGUAGACUAGCUUCAUGUCGUUUUCUUAUUGUUUUUUUGGUGUCGUGGUGGACAGGUUUUUUUAUGGUUUUGGUAUUUUUAUUCGAAAAAUAUGUUUGCAUACGUUUACAGAUUUUAGUAUGACGUAUUUCCAUUACAUAUGUUCAUGUAUAUGUAUUUUAGUUAAAACUUUAUUUUCGUAGUUAUAUUAUUAGGUUGUUCAAAUAAUUCUGUGCUCUCUAACCUCAAAAAUGUGCUUUGAAAAGUCGGGAGCACAAAAUUAUUUGAACAAUCUAAUAAAAUACUUUUUUUAAUAUUUUGUAACAUUUUUUUGGUAUUUCAAUCUAUAUUGUUACAGUAACAAAAAUCUUGUUAACCUACUUCAACUGUUAACUUUCAGAAACUCCAAGUCUGGUACAAGAGCAAGAACAGGUAAAUCUUUGUCGCCUGGUCGAGCAUCAAGAUUGCCAGCGACAAGUGCUUCAGCACAGCCGGUUACUAAACGACCACCUGCACCAAAACAACCACCAAAGAAGCUACCACCUUUGCCAAAGAAGAAAGCGUCGCAGCCAAAAGCUAAUGGAACCGCUCAAAACGGUCAUAAGUUGCCACCAACCGCUGUUAUACGGUAGGUCUUACUAUCAAAACAUAACUCUUAAAGUUUGAUUUUUAAAAAAAUUAAAGCUUCAACCAAAUUUUAAGCAAAAAAAAAAUAAAUUUUAUCACUUGAAGCACAUUACCGUUAACAAAAUCAUUUUCACUUUAACAUUUUCCUCUUACAGACCAUCAAAGAAAGAACCAGAACGUUCAGCAUCAGGAGCUUCAGUAGAAAAGCCCGACAAACUACCCUCAAUCUCACCAACACCAGUUGCUAUUGGCGCUGGAGCGGCAGCCGUUGGAGUAGCAGCUUUAAGCGCUCUUCAGCCUAGACCAGAAGAAAGCGAUGGUGAAUAUUCUAGACCCGAGACCGAAGCUUCUGGCCAUUUGCCAGUAAGCCAAGAAAGUGACGGGCCUUCACCUCAACCUCAAAGCGACGUUGAACCAGAAGAACAGGAUAAUGGUCAUGAAGCUCAAGAUGACAGUAACGAAGCUCAAGGUUACGGUCAUGAAGCUAACGUCGAGCCGUCUACACCACAAGCUGAACGUAAAUUCGACAUGGACAACCACGUUGACAACCACGAUUUGACUCAAGAACAGGUUGAACAAUAUGAAAAUCACACUGAAGUAGCCCCUGAAGCUCACGAAGAUCAUGACCUAACUCAAGAACAUGUCGAACAAUUAGCUGAUGAGCCUUCACACCAAGAAUAUGAAGAACCACAUCAAUAUGAAGAAGCCUAUAACCAAGAGCCAAAACACGAUGAUCUACAGGAAGAAGAAUCAGUUCAUUCAGAAAAAACACACGAAGCCCCCUCUGAACCACAAAGUCACCGUGAAGAAGUUGUUUCUGUAACGUCCUCACGAUUGGAAUCAGCACGCGAGCUUCUGGAAAGAGUUCGAGGCUCAGACAGUCCAGCUCAAUCACCGAAGCCAGAUGAGGCUCGUGGUGAAUCUCAAAUGUCCAAGGAUUCCAUCGAUGGACAUAUUGAUAGAGUUGAGUCAACGCAUCUUGAAGCUGAACCUGAAGCUCAUCAUGAAUACGAAGAAAGUCAUUAUGAAGCUGAACAACCUCAUGAAGAAUCAGAAGCCCACCACGAUGAAGCCAGUGAAACUGCCGAAACUAACCGAUCGUACGAUGAAGUUCAAGUUCAACAAGCUCCAGAAGUAGAAUCUCAUGACUAUAACGAGGCCGCUCACGAUGAGCCGUCAGAAUCACACAACGAUAGUGUUAACGCCCAUGAUCAUAUUUCUGAAUCUCAGAUUGAGCCAGACCUCGUUUCGGCCUCUGAAAGCUUCAGACAAGCUGAAGAACAAGUUCAACAUGAUGUAGAAGAAGAAGAACAUGCCAGAGAUAAACGAUCUGUUGAAGAGCCUUCUGAAGACAUGCAAAGUUCAGUAUAUCAACAAGAAGAAGCUAGUGAACCUCAAUUCCAAGAUGAAUAUCAGCCAACAGAACACCAUGAAGAACAACGGCACGAAGAGGUUCAUCAUGAAGAAGAACAUCAACAACAUGAAGAUGAGCCUUCUCAAGAAGAGCAACAUCAAACACGUCAUCGUGACAGCUUCACGGAAUCAGAAUCUGAGCCAAACCUUCAUUAUCAAACUGAAUCUUUCCAUACUGAAGCUGACAAUACGAGUCAAGUUGCUACAUCUGAAGUCGAGCAAGCUCCACCUCAAUCUGCUGACAGUUUCCACGAAUCUUCAGUGCCAACGAUCGAAGGUGAAUCAUUGAGAGACUCAGAUGACGACACUCGACCAAGUAGCCAAACUCGUGAACAAAGUCACGAUGUCUACAGCGUGCAAACUGAAGAAGGUCACCAUGAAUUGCCACGUGACCAUGAAGUUCAGAAUCUUCAUGAGGAAGCACAAGGUUAUGAGGACAGUCAAAUUAGUCACGAAGACGUUCACGAUGAGCAUGAAAACAUAGUUGAUCAUGAAGACGUAGAACGUAAGCCAAGCUACGAAAGCAUGACAAUUCAGCGUGACUCGGAGCCACAAGCUCAAGUUGAAGACUUUUCAUCGUACCAACCUGAAAACUACGAUGAAGAGGUUCAUGACAACGUGCAUGAUAUCGAAGAGCCAAUUCAAAAAGUUGAGCACCACGAUCUUGAAUCUUCACAGUCAGAAGCUACUCAUGAAGCUGACAAUGGUCAUUAUGACGAUGAAGCUGCUCAUCAACAACAUGACACAGAUUACAAACACCAUGAAGCCCCAGAGAAUCAUAAAAGCCACGAUGACGUAUCACCAAGAUCAGAAGACCGUCAUGACCAAGGUCCUUCAACCCCAGACUCUCCAACAGCUCACGAUGUUGUUCCAGACACCCCAGCUCAUGAAGAUGAACACGUUGUUGACAACGCUGAUGAAGAGAGCUUUGAACGUCGCUACUCUCAGCCUUUGACUGACAUUACUAACGAAAGUCACGGUCAAGUUCACAACCAUUCUUUGCUUUCUCAACCUUCAAUUGAGAUUACUCCGGCUUCUGAAUACGGUGGAUUCAGUGAACAUCUCGACCGUUCCGCUAGGACCCCAGUCAGUCCAGUUGGACAAGCUGAAUCCAUUACCGAAGAGACUGAGGAAGUUCACGAGCCUGAGGAAUCACACGAGUCUGCUUAUGAGCAACAUGAAUCUCAUAAACAACAUGAAGUAGCUGAUGCUCCAGAAGCUGCUCAUGAACAUGAAGAAUACCAUCUCCCAGACUCUCCAGAUCCAAAUGCUCAUAAUGAUGUUAUUCCUGAACAACAUCAAGAACAUGGUGAGAUUACGGUACCUGAGGAUGAUGAAGUCAGCCCAAGAGAUCACGUUCCUGAAUAUCAUCCAGAAACACACGAGUAUGAUGCUGGACAUGAACAUGAGUACGAGAAUCCUCACGAAGCUGAACUCGACAAUGUUGAACAAGGUCAUGACUCAACUCAAGAAGUUUCUCAUGAACCAGCUACUGAAGACUCCUCUCAUGAAGCUACACAUGAUUCUGGAUUCACUCAAGAACGUCCGAAAAGCCGUGAUGAAUACCGUGACAAUGACCAUCAAGUUGAACAUUUUCAAUCAACCGAACAAGAUUUUCAUGAUGCUUUGUCGCACGAAUAUGACCAAGCUCCAAUUCAAAGCUCAACUCCAGAAGUUCACGAUCAAGAGUACGAUGAUUCUGAAGGUCACCAUGUUAUUCAUGAAGAACAUCAUGUUCAAGAUUCUCCAGUUCAUAUUGAAACCGAAUCUCUUGAUAUCACUCAUGAACAACAUAUUGAUGCUUCACCACGUUCCGAAUUCUCGGGAAGUCAAGCGGAUUCUGAAGCUCUCACUGGACGUACGGAGAACGUUUCUCCCAGUGACUUGGCUGUUGAACAUGAAGAUGUUUUGGCUAGUCCGAGACAAGAAGAACAAAAUGAUGAAGUUCAACAUGAUUCUGAAUAUCAACCUGAAGCUCAGCAUGACGCCGAAGGUCAUGAUGAUUAUGAUAAUAAACAAGACCUUCACACCUACGACAACUCAGAAGCCCAACAAAAUGAACCUGAAGUAUACCACGAUGAAUUCACAGACGAACAAGGUCACCAUGUAGUUCAUGAAGAACAUCAUGUUGAGGAAGUGUCACCUGGGGUUCAAGUUAAAUCAUAUCAUUAUGAACAAACCACUGAACACACUGGCGACGACGGUGGUGUCACUAAACGUUCAGAAUAUUCAGAACGUUCCGUGACUGAUGAGCACCCAAAUCUGAUGGAACAGUCGGUGUACGAAGGUCAUGAACAAGACAACAAUGGCAAUAACUAUGACCAAGACGAUUCUUACGGUCAUGACAAUCAUGGUCAAGGUUAUGAAAACCAUGAAGAUCACUCUUCAGUUCACGAACAAGCUCACGAACACGAUAUCUAUGCCGGUCAAAGCCAAGGCAGUCAAGAGAAACUUCAUCCAGUACAACUACAUCAUGAACCAGAACAUCAAAUCGUCUCCGAAGACUAUGUUGUAGACCAACAACAUCAUGAUCAGCUUCCAGAAAACCUAGCUGACAAUAUCGAUCUUACCCAUGAACAAAAGAUCCAUGAAUAUUCGUAUGUUGAUGACUCUCAACCAGGUCAUCACGUUGAAGAACAUCACUACACAAUCACUUCAGAUGCCGAGCCUAACAAGAACAUUGAAGUAGAAGAUUAUCAGGAAGAGAUCAAUGAUGCUAACGGUACACAUGUGGUGAAGCACUUCCAAUCAACUACCACUAUUGUCAACGAGAACGGUAACGGAAAGCCGUACUCUAAUGGCCACGACGAUGAUGGUAUUAACGAGAAAACAUCAUUGUUAGGCCGUGACGAUAGCGAUGAUGGAGAUACUGAUAGCGUCAUUAUUAGAUCUAGUCCAGAAACUACAGAUCGCACUGAUCGUACUGAUCAAACCGAACAGGAAACUGGCCGAGCUGAGAUUUGA